AUACCUUUUAUAAGUGUACGUUUCAAAACAUAACCCUUUGUAAUGAAUAAUGCAUUUUAUUCAUAGGCACCGAAAUGGGCCCUCAAGGCCACCGUACAAACAUAAUUAAGAAAGCAAGCGGUCCCCCAAAAAUUAGCUAAAGAAAAAAAAUAAUAAUAAUAAUCCUCACUGAAAGACCUUGAAUCUGCCGGAAUACAUAUCGACAAGCCACAGUGCUUCUGUGACAAUAUUGUUGUGCCAAUUGUGAGUUUUUCCAACCAUUUGGCCUGUGCUGUGUGUACAAAGAAAAGAACACUGUACCUACUGUGAAAUAAGCAGGCUGUUAUGUUCUGGGGUUGACGUAGGGUGUUUGGAAUUUGUGCCGCAUACGAGGAAAUGUAAAAAACGAUCAAGGCAUCCUGGAAUGAAAUGCGCUACCCAGUGUCAGAAAGUUGGGUCUUCCAAAUGUUUAAAGACCCAAACACAAGGCUAAUAAAACCACAAGAACAAAACAUUGGACUACUCUGAAGAGUCCUGAUAUAAAUUGCAUUGAACAUGUGAGAAAGAAGCUGAAAUGAGCUUGAGCAUGUAUUUUGAAUGGGAUCCGGUAUUGGACAGGGAGCCGGUGGAGUCGGUGAUGUGGCGGAGGGGCGUUCUGCUGAUACUAUGGGCGGCGGAGUUCUGGACAAGUAGUUUCUUGUCAGUUUUUUUGUGAGAGCUACACAAGUACAAGCUUCUGGAGCUUGAUCAAAUAUAAAUCUUGUUUUGAUUGAUAUUUCAGUCUGUCUGUUGGUAUGUCUGUCUAUCAUCCAGUCCGUCCGUCUGUCUAUCAUCCAGUCUUUCUGUCUUGUCGAUUGAUCAAUCGAUUGACUGAACGUUCUGUCGGUCAGUUUGUCUGUCAACCUGUUGCUCUGUACAACGUUGCGGGUUUGAUGUCAGAGGUUCCUCUGUUGGGGGCUUUCGUGUGUGACAGGGGCGUUGGUAGGUUUGGACGUUUGGGCCUCAGCCCCCCCCCCCCAAAAACGUUUCUGAUUUGUUUAGGGGGGGUUGAAGAUCGGUUUCAGGGACGCUAUGACAAUCAAACUUCUCCAACCAAUAAUUUUGAGAGGGCUUGAGGGGCUGAAACCUCCCUCAAAUAGGCCUCGCGACACCCCUGAUGUGCGACACGUUUAGCCGAUACAGUAUGUUGAUGUGUGGCGGCACGGUGGCCGACUGGUUAGAGCGUCAGCCUCACAGUUCUGAGGACCCGGGUUCAAUCCCCGGCCCCGCCUGUGUGGAGUUUGCAUGUUCUCCCCGUGCCUGCGUGGGUUUUCUCCGGGCACUCCGGUUUCCUCCCACAUCCCAAAAACAUGCAUUAAUUGGGGACUCUAAAUUGCCCGUAGGUGUGAAUGUCAGUGCGAAUGUUGUUUGUUUGUAUGUGCCCUGCGAUUGGCUGGCAACCAGUUCGGGGUGUACCCCGCCUCCUGCCCGAUGAUAGCUGGGAUGGGCUCCAGCACGCCCGCGACCCUAGUGAGGAGAAGCGGCUCAGAAAAUGGAUGGAGUAUGUUGAUGUUCUUGGCAACAUGGAGGCUUUGACGUUGACGUAUGGUGUUUGAACACUUGCGGCUCCAUCGAGGGCUUUGCUGUACGACGUUUGAACAAUUUGUAACGACGCCGGGGGCUUUGACGGUACACGAUGUUUGAGCCAUUUGAGCGACGUGGGGAGCUUCGGUAUAAUAUCAAUAAUAUCUUCAUAGGUUUUACAACGUCGGGGGCAUCGACGUACCAUGUUUGACCACUUUAAACUACGUUGCGGGUUUGGCGCAGAAUAUUUGAAGGGCUAGCUAUCUAUGUUGGGGACUCUUAGGGUUGAUGUUCGCGGUUGUGCCGCACAAUGUUUGAACACUAUUCGUGACAUCUGAGGUUUUGACAAACGAUAGUUCAACACUUUGCUUUGAGGUUCAAUGUUUGAACAAUUCUAGCAAGGUUUUCAGCGAUGCUGAGGGCUUUUACGCUACUCGGAUCAUUUCGAGCACAUAUGCUUUAACACUCGCAUAACAACAUAGGAUCAAAGCCUGAGAAAAGAGAGACCGAUUUGGCUUGUCUUUUUUGUGCCAUUCGGACUUUCCCUUCGCGCAUCCUUUACUCACCAGCGUGAGAUGGAAACGCACGGUGCGUGCGGUGCGCACAACACGACCGCAACACUGCCACUUCCUGCCCCCUUGUACUCUUUACACGAAAGGCAACGCUCCUUCCAAUAAGCGAACAAUAGACGAGGUCGAGUGGAAACGUGUGACAAACGACUACUAUUUAGAUUGGAGUUAGAUUUAUUUCGGUAUUGCUGUCAGGGACAGUUUGAGCUCACAUCUGUCUGUGUCUGUCGAUCGCUGGGAAAUCCAUCUGUCCCUGAAGGCAACACCCGACAAGCUGGAUUGCUCGGGACGGCAAAGUGUGAUUUUGAAACCUUGAUGAGAAUUGAACGUUUGAAAUCGAGAUGUGGGAAGUGAGAGAGUCCGCGAGUGACGAGGGGAAGUGGGCAAAUUGUACAUUGGCAAGUAAACAGGGAACCCAUUGAAAGUCGUCAUGCCGCCACUUCUCGAAAGGGGAUCGAGAUCCACGGACAGACACACAGAAAGAAGUGUCGGGCUGCUAAACACGACGUACGACGGAAAAUGACGCGAUAUGGAAGCGGAGCAGAUGUCAACGCAAUUGACCAUCAAAAGAAAACACAGCACUGCACUAAGAAAAAAGAAACUUCCAAAUGUGGCAAUGCGAACAUAGGACAGUUUCCUGAGGGAAAACUCUCCAUGCAUGACAGCUUGAUCUUCCCGUGGGCUUGGGCUAUACCCAGCGUGGCCCUUAUCAGGAACCAACGUGCAUUUGUCACUCCAUUUUACCUGGCCACACAGCCUCCUCCUCCUCCUCCUCCUCUUCUUCUUCUCCUCCUCCUCCUCCUCUCUGGCUGUUGACCCUGUCCGAUUGAGAGAAGAAAAAAAAAAAGCGACAUUUUCUGCCCCUUUGUACGUGAUCGUGGUAUCACACUGUUGAGCUAUUUCGAAUAUUUGGAAUCUUUGGGAUAAAAGUGGAAGUGAAUCGCAGAAACAAGCAUUUCCAGUCCUGUCUUUCUUCACCUGUCUGUCCAUGUGUCCAUCUGUCUGUGCGCGUGUGUGUGUGUUCGGACACAGAAUGACAAGGAGGAAGAAACAGUGAGUCCCACAUCCCGCAUCCGAACCAGAGAGAACCAUGAGGACCAUUUCUGUUGCUGUUCUUAUUCUUCUCUCGUCGCUUUGGCUAGCGGCCUCCACGCUAAUGUGUCCCGAACGCCAACACCCCAGCCUUAUCUGCUUCAACGACUAUGACAAAAAUAUGACUUGCAUCUGGAACGACUCGGACGCACGCACGGCUGACGGCCGGGCGCCGUGCAGCUUACACACGGAAAGCGUUUAUCCGAAGCGAAUUCAAUACUGGUCUGAGUGUCUUCUCCGGCCGGUGGACGCGUCGACGCCUUCUUCGCUGCGGACGUGCUCCCUCGCCUUUGACAGAGAAAGCAGAUUUCAGGAACACCACGAGCUCCGAGUCUGGAUCAACUGCUCCGACGUGGCGAUGUCCUACAAACCGGCCUGUCACGUGAAACUAGCUCAGCCAGGAAAGCCUCAAAUCAACCAGACCACCAUUUCCUGGGCGGGUGCCAAGCAAGGGCGGGAGUCGACGUUGAACUUCCAGCUGGAGUGGAAGCUGGCCGAUGAGCCCUGGAAUGGGGCGUCAGUGCACAGAGAGGAGAAACAUUGCAAUCAGUUGUGCCGAUCCGAGUUGAGUGUCGAGCAGUUGUUGCGAGGCAAGGUGUACGAGAUACGGGUUCGUGUAAGACGUUCGACUGCAUUGUCGGUGUGGAGCGACUGGAGCGACUGGAGCGCCUCAACGCGGUGGAUGUCUGACGUUGGGGAGGCCACAGCGCCACCCGCUGACUCCUUGUGGCUGGUUUUGGGGGUGACAGUCUCAGGAACAGCCUUCGCUGUCUUUUUAGCUCUUCUCGUCUACAGGACGGACAAGAACAACUGGCUCUCCGCCUUUGAGAAGAUUCGAGGUCCACUGCUACCAGACCCAGGGAAAUCCUUCCUGCAGAACAAGUGGGCAAGUCCUCCUUUCAGCAGCGAGUCCUUCCAGUCCUUCCUCUGUCCGGUGGACAUCCUCUCGGUGAACUCCGUUGGCUGUGUGGACCCUGAAGAACCUUGGUACCCUGGAGGACCUGGGUAUCUUGGAGCGCUGCUAGAGAAGAUGAUGAUGAUGAAGACGGCCAGAGUCCGCCUCGUACACCCCAGGAGCUCCCAGCUGUGGCCUUCUGCUCCUCCUGUGGCCUCCCUCACGUCGGGAAACCUGCAGCCAUGUGCCGCCGAUUCACCCUAUGGCCACGUGGGAGCUCUCAUGGACCAGGAUAGGGAAAUGAAGGAUACUCCGAACUGCUUCCUGGAGGUUCUCAGCAGGGUCUCCCAGCGCGGCAGCGAGGUGACGCCAGUUAUUUCAGACUAUGAGAAGAUUGAGAUGCUCCAGAGUGAACAUGCGGGAGAAGAGUCAGAAGGUAAACACGGAGGUGAAGGAAAAUCUCCGUUUGGAGGGAGUUUCAUCGAAGGCUCCGUUCAGUUGAGUUUGAAACAUGAAUGCAUUAUCCAGACGCUACACUACGACGACACCCCCGAGCUCCCCAGCGCCGAUUCGGGCAUCGGGAGCGUGGGCGAGGAGCAGGGAGGCCUCGAGGCCAGCUCGGAUGACGGGGAGGAGAAGGGCUUAGGCUUCCAGUGUCGUCCUGAUCCUCCUGGUCGUGGUUCUCCUUUGAGCUGCCGCCGUCCAACUCUGGAGAGUCUGCGAGCUCUCAUGCUGGACACCGCAGACUUCACACGUGGAUCGGUGGUGGUAGAGCCUUCCGGCGGUGGUUAUAUGUCGCUGUGUCCCCAAGGUCACAUCGCAAACUGAAUGCACACUGAGUUGGGGCACCUCCGCUACCUCCCGCAGACCCUCAACAAAAGCAGUUCAUCGUUCAUUUUGGGGAAAUCAUUUUGUUUCUCUUUUUAAGUUCAACAAAUGACAUAGCGCUGCACCCUGCACCCCACAGACACCCGAAACAAGCCCAGAAGAAACCUUUUUCAAAUAGUUGAUAGCAGCCAUAUGCAAUCUUCUUAGGAACAUCCCCACUCAUUUGGCACACCUCCUCUCUUCCCGCUCCGCAAAAUUCUUUCCAUACAGUUGAUGGCUAACUUUUGAUGCACUUUUUAACUCCCUGCGACCUCCCCGCUGAGUCGGUGCACCCUCUCUACCCCCCCCCCCCCCCCCCCCCCCACACACACACACCCCCCCCCCAGAUCAAAGUCCCAAAAAGCAAUUGAUUUGAUUUUAGAGACUGGUUAUAGUCUUUCCUGAACUUUUUAAGCCUCAUACCCCCCUUCAGUAUCCCGACUCAGCUGGCGCACUCCUCUACUCUGAUCACACCUUCAAUAAAUCCAACCAAAACCUUUUGGUGGUUGAAAAUGAAUAUAGAUUGUUUACAUUUCAUGUUUUGAAGCUGAGCACUCCCUUCAGCAUUCUGCCCCACGCACACCCCCAAAAACAAUGACUUGGAGCUCAACAUCAAUUGCACCCCGCAAACAUCCUAAAUAAGUUUCACAAAAAUACUAAUUAUUUUGUGAAAAAACGAAUGUAGUUUCGUCGGAACUUUUGAAGCCGAACCCUCUCGUCAGCAUCCCCCCCCCCCCCCCCCCCCCACUGAGCCAGGCAUUCUCGUCCAACAUCAGUGGAAGACCUGACAAAUGCGCUUCUUGAGGAAAAUUCCCUUCAAUUGACUUCAAAACCUUGUUGAAAGCCUUCCCGCCGUUCUGGCCGCAAAAGGUAGACAGACCAGCAUCGCAUCAAACUUUAUGGCUUUCGGAUGGGAUAUCACUUCAAAUCAUAUGUGAGUCAAGGCCGCUGAGCGAAUACUUUUGGCAAUAUGUAUUAGUUCAAACUUGUUUUUCUUUGAAGUGAAAAAUGUCUUUUCUGUACUUGAUAGUUUUCACGUGUUAAGCCACACACCCACAUCAGCAUCCCUACUGAGCUGGAGUACACUAUCCCAUCGCGCACACCCUAAAAAAAGGUUCUCAGGGCUUUUUAGUCCAAAAGAUUGUUUUUUUUUUGGGGGGAAGUUGAAAUGUACUUUUAAAAUAUAGUUUAAAGCCAACUUUUGAAGUCUCCCCCUCCAGCAUCGCAACUGAGCGAGCGUACCCUCGCAUAACAAAAAGAAAUUCAAACGGAACUUUCAUUUGUGAGAAAAAUGUGUCCGGUGAAGUCUUUCUCAAACUGCGCCUAAAAAAAACCGUCAUUCAAUCACAAAGGGACAUUUUGAGGGGAAACGCUUCUUUCUAUUCCACCUUGAAGAUGGCACAUCGAAGGAGAGCCUGACUGAAGCGAACUGACAAUGAAGGAUUCAAGUGUAAAACAACUUCUGGGUGCGAAUGCUGACUUUUUUUUUCCCCACAAUGUGCCGUUGCCGCUUCGUCGCUUGUUUGGUUUUUGUGUCAGCCUGCAGAUGGUUUCAAUAAAGAAAGGAAACUUCACAAUUGACAAGUCAAGUCAGAUGAUAUUUUCCACAGAAGCUGGCGCAGGGAAAAUCAAAAAGGCCGAGACAAAAAAAGGCUUUUGCGGAAGAAAAGAUGGAAUGGUUCGAAAUUCACGUUAUGUAACAUUCACACCCACAUACAAAAAAUAUUUUCCCUUAUGCCACACGUGGGAACUAACUUUAUUUGCGAAAAUUAAAUACAAAGACCUGUCAA